AUGGAUGAUGCUAUGCGUCGUAGCAUAUUUGGUUCAUCUGAUGAAUCAGAUGAACCAUCGCCGAAGCGAAAGCGCUCGAGGUCGCGAGACUCGGACGCUAACAGUGGUGUCGGUUCUCCUAUUGACACCACUUCACAGCGAGGUGCCAGUACUUCUGUCGGCACGUCGCAGGAAGAUCGGAACCGCAGUGUGUUGCGUCUCGCUCCUGAAAAGAAGGCAUGGAUGCCUCCUAAAUCCGUCAUGGAUCACUUGUCGGCGACGACGAGUGAUCGUUAUCGAACACGGCUGUUCGAUUUUUCAAGGAUCCAUCACCUUGACCCCAGUGCGAAAGACUAUCGCGCUGAGAACGAGUUCUUCAUCGAUGCUUUCUUCAAACAUCGAUGGUACAGUGGGAAUCACAAACGUGAUGGUCCCUCACUGCUUCAAGCGUGGAACGCUUACAUCCAUAACCUUGAGGAUGUAGGUCGUGACGCUUGGAACGACAAACUAAUCAAAUCUCGUGAUAAGUUUGAGAAGAGAACCCCGACAUGUGCACGCUACAAGCUGUAUCGUCUGUCAAGGGAGAAAGGAUUACCCUGUCUCUCCUAG